AGAUAGAGAGAGAAAAGGAGAUAUACACACAUACAUACAGAGAGAGAGAGAGAGAGAAAGAGUGAGUUUUUUUCACAGAGAGGGAGAGAGAGAACAAGGGGAAAACCAAUCAAUCGGGUAAAAUCGUGUAUAUUUUAUACAUGUGAGAGAAACAACCAUGGUGUCCGACCAAGAAAUAGCAAAAGGAGUCGAGAUUCUUCUCACUCAAUCUGACCACAAAUCAUUCACAUCUUUAAACGACGUCGUUCAUCACCUCGGAGAGAAACUAGGGUUUGAUCUCUCCCACAAAUCCAUCUUUAUUCGUGACCAAAUCAACCGCUUUCUCUUCCCAUCACAACCACAACCACAACCACAACCACCGUACCACCACCACCCGCCGCCACCGCAGUCCUCUGCUGUUGGAAAAGACCAUUUUGCCCUUCAACAGCAACAACAACAUGUUCAGUUUCGUUAUACUCCACCACAGGCGCAUGUUAGUCAGUUUCAGCAUCCUCAUUUUGUUAUUCACCAACAGCAGCAGCAGCAGCAGCAACAUCAACAACAGCGGCAACGUCACCCGGUGGAGGUUAGUUUCAAGCCUGCUACGGCGCCGUCGCAGGCGGUGGUGAGUCAGUCGUUGCAGGUGCCGGAGGUGAAGGUUGAGGGUGGAGGUGUUGGUGGUCAGGAUUCAGGUGCAAAAGCGGUCGAAAAGGCGAAAAAAGGGGGUUCAACAGGAACCAAAAGAAGAGGUGGACCUGGGGGCCUAAACAAACUCUGUGGCAUUACACCUGAGCUUCAAGUUAUUGUUGGCGAGUCAGCACUAUCAAGAACCGAUAUUGUGAAGCAACUAUGGGCAUACAUAAAGAAAAACAACCUCCAGGAUCCUGGGAACAAGAGAAAGAUAAUCUGCGAUGAUGCUCUGCGUGUUGUAUUCGAAACUGAUUGCACCGACAUGUUCAAGAUGAAUAAGCUGCUUGCCAAACAUAUUAUCCGACUUGAGCCCACAAAAGAAUCAUCUCGUAAAAGAUCGAAAGUCGAUGCUGAACCUGCAGCUGAAAGUACCGAUGAUGUUCCUAGUCAAGUUAUAAUAUCUGAUGCACUUGCUAACUGUUUGGGUAUUGGAGAAAGAGAAAUGUCUCAGUCGGAGGCUUUGAGACUUGUUUGGGAGUACAUAAAGGUCAAUAAUCUUGAGGAUCCUCAAAAUUCGGUGAUGAUUCUAUGUGAUGAAAAGCUUAAAGAACUUUUUGGAUGUGAAAGUAUUUCUGCGAUGGGAAUACCCGAAUUGGUGAUCAGAAAUCAUUUAACCAAGCAGUAAUUUAAUCAACUUACAUCAACUGAUAUGCAAUCUAAUAGGUAAUGGUUUGUCUGACUCUGAAGGAAGUGGUAGGUUUUUUUUUCUUCUAAAGUUUCAGUGUUCUAUGGUUCUGCUGACAUGGUUAGUCGGUUAGAUGUAACUGUAGUUGUGACUUGAUUUUAUGUAAAACUCGAAUGAAAUAUGUCCAUGGUUUCGGUUUUCUGUAUCCUAUGUUUAGUUGUGUCCCCUUUGUAAAUGCCUAGCCUUGGACAGAAUGUAGUUGACUUGUUUUUAAUGGAAGCUCCUUAGAAUCUUUGGUGUGA